AUGCACGAUUUCAAUGUGCCCACCAAGUUUGGCCAGGCAAUUGUUCGCAUUGCCUUUCCUCCUGCCUCUCUCCUCGCCUUCCCUCCUCGCGAGCUCCCAGUGACCAUCCCCGCCCCUCACGUUGAUUCCCCGACAUGGAAGCAGCCCUUCAACAUCCCGAACGAUCUCUACAACCAAGUGCUGGACGUCCGGCUACCAAUCACAAUCGCGAGUGUCUAUGCGAUCAUUGUGGUCCUGAUCAAUCGUAUCAAUAAGAGCCGCGGAUAUAAGCCAUACGCGUUCAGCAACACCCGUUUGUUCAAGCUGUUCGUCAUUCUCCACAAUGUCUUCCUAGCUGUGUACUCCGCGUGGACCUUCGUAGGCAUGUUCCAGGCAUUCAAGGGCUCUUUCCCGGAUAGUGACGACCCUCACGGAUUGGUUGGAGUGGUGGACUCACUGUGCAAGAUCAAUGGACCCCGCGGUUACGGCAAUGCCGCUAUCUAUAGCCCCGUCACGGAUAAGUGGUCGAUUCCCAAUCCCACCUUCCACCUCACCAACGGCAUGCCAGACCCCACGGAUGCCGGCCGUCUGUGGAACAAGGGAUUGGCUUACUUCGGCUGGUUCUUCUAUCUGUCCAAGUUCUACGAGGUUGUAGAUACCGCGAUCAUUCUGGCCAAGGGCAAGAAGAGCUCUACCCUACAGACCUACCACCACGCAGGAGCUAUGAUGUGCAUGUGGGCUGGUAUCCGCUACAUGGCAGCUCCCAUUUGGAUCUUUUGCCUGGUUAACUCGGCUAUUCAUGCUAUGAUGUACACCUACUACACCCUCACUGCUCUCCGCAUUCGCGUGCCUAACGCCAUCAAGCGCAGCUUGACCACCAUGCAAAUCACCCAGUUCGUCUUCGGAACAAACAUGGCCGCCGCCUACCUAUUCGUCCACUACACUAUCCCCUACCCGUCCGGUAGCGCCGCAUUGGAACAGCUGACCAACGCCGCUUCCGUCGCCGCCUCUGCCACCGCCGAGGUUGGUUCGAUCUCUUGGUUGAAGAAGCUGGCAUUCCGGGCUGCGGGCGCAGAAGGACUUGCCGAGAACGUGGGAACCUCUUUCCACCCUGCCCCUGCCCCUGUCCAGCAAUCCGGCUAUUCCCAGCAGAUGAUGACUUGUGCGGACACCACCGGUCAGGCAUUCGCCAUCUGGCUGAACGUCUCCUACCUCCUUCCCCUCACCUACCUCUUCGCACGCUUCUUCGUCCGCUCCUACCUGAACCGCAAGGACCCCGGUGUGAAGCAGCCCACGCACAUGGAAGCCGCUGAAAAGGCCGGCAUGGAUGCUCUGAAGAGUCUGAGCCGCGAGAUUCGCAAGGCUGCCAUUGAGGGCGAGAACAGUGAGGUUACCACCGACGAUGAGGUUCUCAAGGCUCAGGUCCGGAAGAUCUCCGAGAAGGUCACUCCUGACUCACCGAUCCGCACCCGCUCGGCUGCUGCUUCCAAGGCAAAGACUGCCUCGGCCUCAGUCAGCCGGUCAGAGUCCGAAGAGGACUUCGCCAAGGUUCCCGCUAAGAAGGGGGCUAAGAAGCAAAAGGCCGAGAAGGAGUCUCCCUCCAGCCCGGACACCAAGGGCCAAAACCCAUUCGGGGUAUUGGAUAACAAUGCUUAA